ACUUAUUAUACUAGUUUUACUUACUGCUACUAUAACUAUAUAUAAACCAAUGUUUCUACAUACUGUUGACAUUACAUUCUUUGAUUCUUAGUUCUUUGUUAAGUGUUUGUAGCGCUCAUUGAAUCAAGAAUUUGCCUGAAUAAUUACAAGUCUUCGCUGCAUUUAAAGAAAUAUGGCUUACAAAAUACAGACAGUUUUAGGAGAUGUGACUCCUGAAAAGUUAGGCAUAACUCUACCUCAUGAACACUUGGCUAUGAACUUUUCACAUUUUUAUCGAAAACCUCCUAAGAUUCUAGCCGAUAAAUUUGACUUAUAUAUGAAUUUAGAUACUAUUGGCUAUAUAAGACAGUAUCCAUAUAGUUCUCAACACAAUCUGUUUCUGAAUGAUAAAUAUGCAAAUGAUGCUGUUUUGCAAGAUGUAGAAUUAUAUAGAAAGUGUGGCGGUGGAUGCAUAGUCGAAAACACCACAGAAGGUUUGGAAAGGGAUGUUGGGUUUUAUGAAAUGAUAUCAAAGAAAACAGGUGUUAACAUUGUGGCUGGAACUGGUUACUAUAUAGCGGACAUGCAAAGUUGUGAUUCCCUGCAUGCUACUAAAGAAAAUUUGUAUGACCAUAUGUUGAAAGAACUAACAGAAGGCUGUGAAGACUACCCUACAGUAAGGGCAGGUUUUAUUGGAGAAAUUGCAAGUGUUUGGCCAUUGAGAGAUUUUGAGCGUAAAGCAAUACUGGCAGCAGGUGAAGUUCAAGCUCAGGUUGGUUGCGGAGUUAGUUUUCAUCCACAUCGGGUACCCGAAGCACCAUUUGAGAUAAUCAGACUUUACCUUGAGGCUGGGGGCAAAGUUCAUAAGGCUGUCAUGUCACAUUUGGAUAGAACCUUACUAGGUUCUGAAGAACUAUUAGAGUUUUCUGAGUUAGGAUCAUACUGCCAGUUUGAUUUGUUUGGCACAGAAGUCUCUUACUAUCAAUUGAAUAUUGAUAUAGAUAUGCCAUCUGAUAGUCAGAGAUUGGAUAUGAUACGUAAGUUAUUGAAUGAAGGCAAGGGAGAAAGAAUUCUUAUAUCUCAUGAUAUUCAUACGAAACACAGACUAACAUCAUAUGGUGGUCAUGGAUACAGUCACAUACUGACAAACGUUAUUCCGAGGAUGAAAUCUAAGGGAAUGUUGCAAGAAGUUAUAGAUAACAUAACAAUACAUAAUCCUGCACAGUGGUUAGCAAUUUGGGAUGGCCAUAACUAUAGAUAAAAACAGAAAAAAAAUAUUUUAGAUUAAGAAUUAAGCAAGGGUCUAUUCUGGUAUAUUAAAAGGAAUAUAAUCUCCUGUGAAGUAUGAGUUCUGAAAAUGGAUUAAUUUCAAGAAGUCCAGAUUUUGCUUAUAAUAUAUAAGAGCGAUUUAUUAACUUUCUUACUAAUAAUAUUUUAUAAUGAAGUAUAACUCAUAUAUAUGUUUUAUUAACCUGAUUAUGAUAUUGCUGAGCAUAAUAAAAUAUUUUCUAAUAACAUGUUGAAAGAUUAUUAAUUAAUCAUUAUAUGAAUAAAAUAUUCCAUU